AUCAAGGCUGACUCCUUCUCUUCUUCUCUGUCAAGUCAGAAUGAAAUUCACUGCUGCUUCUGUGGUCCUUGUUCUGUUGGUAAUCAAGAAUUCUUCAGUUCAAGGUAUUUUAGAGACCAAUGAUGCCAACCACAAGUGCAAAUGCCUCAAGAUGUUUGUUGGUGCCCCUCUUCAAUACAUUAAAACAAUAUUUAUUUCACCACCUAGCGGUGGUUGCCGAAAUACAGAAUUCAUAGUCACAUUGAAAAGUGGCGAUAAAAUAUGUGUGGAUCCAAGGAGCAAAUGGUUAAGCCAGGUCUUAAAAACUUUAAGAAGAAAAAAGGCAACCACAUCAAAUGCGAAUGUUCAGAGACAACGCCAGGAUUCCAAAUAAGACCAUCUCGGCUCACCUCCCUUCCUGUUGUGAAAUUUCAUUUCUUUUACUGUUGUUUUUUGCCCAGUGAAAGGCUUCUUUCAGACACCUUCUUAGAAGCAAAUAGCCAAAAUGACC